UUCUCUCUAGCCACAGCCGCCAGCUCCCCAAUCUCCACCACCGCCAACUAUCUGAUAUCCUCCGCCGCCAACUCUCCAUCUCCGACGUCAUCACUUCUCGACUCGGUUCUCCGAUCUCCACAGCCGCCGCUCUCCGAUCAGCGUUUUUAACCAGGUGCAUGUCAACUCCUACUCGCUUAUAGUCAUGUUGAUUGCUAGAUUCAACAUAAUAAAGUACACUUCUCAAAGUCUUCACCCUUCAAUUUCAUUGAUACCAUUUUCGACACAACCAAUUUAUCUAUUGAACUCAGAUGACAAGAAACCUACGGAAAACAAUAUCAACAUCCACGAACUCCAUGUCUUGGAUAAAUUGUCUGUUCUUUUACCCAUUCGCCAUUGCAAUAUACAUCCAACUGGAAAACCUAGGUCAGAACUAACUCAACUCAACAAAAAUCUAGAGAUGCUGCUAUCACCUGAAGAUAAGUUGAGAGGGAUUUUCAUUCAGAAGUUGAAUGGGAAAACUGAAAUUAAACGAGCUUUAUCAGCAGCUUCUGUUGAUAUUGAAGUGACUUUUGAUUUAGUUGCUAAAGUAGUGAAUAGAGGGAGUUUAGAUGGGGGAUCUAUGGUUACGUUUUUCAAGUGGGCUAUUGAAAAGGGGAAAGUAUUUGAGGAUGUUGAUAGUUAUAAUAUAGUUCUGAAAGGGUUAGGAAGAAGGAAGUUCUUUAAUUAUAUGAUCAAUUUGUUAGGUGAAAUGAGGGAGAAAGGUGUGAACCCUAACCAUGAAACAUUGUUUAUUUUUAUGGAUAGUUAUGUUAAGGCCAAACAAGUUUCAAAAGCUUUACAUAUGUUUAAGAAAUUGGAAGAAUUUGGGAUGGAAUAUGAUUCGGAGUCUUUGAAAGUCAUGCUAAGAUGCCUUUGUAAUCGGUCUCAUGUAGCCACUGCAAGUUCUUUGCUGUAUAAAAUGAAAGAAAAGGUGCGGCUUGAUUGUGAGACGUAUAAUAUACUACUAUGUGGGUUGUCCAAAUUUGGAAAGAUCAAUGAAAUUGAAAGGGUUUUGAAGGAAAUGGUGGAAGAUGGAUUUGAUCCUGAUAGCUUGACUUUUAGCUACCUUCUCGAAGGCUUAGGGAGAGCCGGUCGAAUCAAUGAUGUCAUUGACAUCUUUGUGAAAUUGAAAGAGAAGAGAACAUGUGUGUUGAAUGUCAAUCUUUUCAACGCAAUGAUCUUCAACUUCAUAUCGAUUGGAGAUAUUGAUGAAUCUUUGAAAUACUACAAUCUUAUGUUGAGUAAUAAUUGUGAACCAAAUAUGGAAACUUAUAUCUCAAUAAUCUCUGCUUUUCUUAAAGCUCGAAGGGUGGCCGAUGCUAUUGAAAUGUUUGAUGAAAUGAUAGGACGAGGGAUCAUCCCGACCACCGGGACAAUAACCUUGUUUAUCGAGUUUCUUUGUAGUUAUGGCCCACCGCAUGCUGCUAUGAUGAUUUAUAAGAAAGCAAGAGAUGUAGGAUGUGUGGUAUCAUUAAGUGCUUACAAGAUUCUCCUUAUGAGACUUUCAAGAUUUGGUAAAUGUGGCAUGCUUUUAAAUGUAUGGGAUGAGAUGGAGCAAAGUGGUUAUUUUUCUGAUGUAGAAGUUUAUGAGUACAUUAUCAAUGGGCUUUGCAACAAUGGUCAACUUGAAAAUGCUACCAUAGUUAUGGAGGAGUGUUUGAAGAAAGGUUUUUGUCCAAGUAGGCUUAUAUGUGCUAAGUUGAGUAACAAACUACUUGCUUCAAACAAAGUAGAAAUGGCUUAUAAACUAUCUCUAAAGAUCAAAAAAGGUCGCCAUGAUGAAAAUGCACAAAAAUAUUGGAGAGCUAAAGGGUGGCAUUUUUGAGCCUUUGUUUAAUCGUUAUAUCUAAUUCAAUUUACUUAGAUGUUAUUUUGUAUGACUUAAAAUCUCCAAACAUACAACAAAGAACUUGCAAAGACUCCAAAUUAUAUUCCAUGUUUUUCAAAGGUAUACAAUAUAAGACCGAAUGACCGAUACAAA